GGCUCUACGUAUCUCAUAGCUCUAUCUAUUGCUCCAAAGUCUCAGUUGAAGAUGUCGCCGGUUAGACAAGAAAUUAGUAAAAACAAAAGCUUCGUCUUGGCUCGAAGGAGUAGAUUAGCAGUUGGCAAAAAAUUGUACAAAUCCAGCAUUCAGAGAGCAAAGGAAACUGUUCGAGUUAAGAGACGGGAAAGUGGAUUGGAAAAGAUGAUAGAAAAGAGAAGGAUGAUGAUGGAGUCACUAAGGGCAACCCAAAGAGAAGCGGCAGAGGCCGAGGAAAGGUUGAGGCUGGUGGAGAGGAGAAGGGAUGAGAUGAAUGGUAUUACCAUCCUCUUUAUGCUAUUGGGGGCAUUGGAAUCUUUGCACAUGUUGAUGUUGGGUUUCUUUUGAAACGAAUGGAGUCUUUAAAAAGCUCAACAUCAUUUUGUUGUACACUUCAAUUUAUGUAAAACUUUUC